AUGGUUCCCACGGAACCGGAGCUGAUCUCGCUCAUCGGAUCAACGAGGGUCGCUGUCAGCCUCCGGCGCCCGAGAGCCGCUGCCCUGGACGUGCUGUGGGGCAGACGUCCCCGAGCUCCGGCACUGCGGAAUGGGGUCGUGCUGGGGCUCUGCCCCUCCCCGCUGGAAGUGCCUGUGUGGAAGGGCUCCGGCUGGGGAAGGGAGCAGGUCCUGUCCAGCCGGGAAAGGCGUGUGCAGCUCUGGCUGCAGACCCUGCCUCCCUGUUUGGCUCCCGGCAGGGGCCACCAGGGCACGUGUCCCCAGGAGAGCGUGUACUGCGAGAACAAGUGCGGGGCGCGCAUGAUGCGGCGCCUGCUGUCCCAGCACACGCUGGCCGAGUGCCCCAAGCGCACCCAGCCCUGCACCUACUGCGCCAAGGAGUUCGUCUUCGACACCAUCCAGAACCACCAGUACCAGUGUCCCCGGUACCCCGUGCCCUGCCCCAACCAGUGCGGGACGCCCAGCAUCGCCCGGGAGGACGUGCCCACCCACCUCAAGGAGAGCUGCAGCACUGCCAUGCUGCUGUGCCCCUUCAAGGAAGCUGGCUGCAAGCACCGGUGCCCCAAGCUGGCCAUGGGCCGGCACCUGGAGGAGAGCACCAAGGCGCACCUGGGCAUGGUGUGCGCGCUGGUGAGCCGGCAGCGGCAGGAGAUCCUGGGGCGGCGGCGCGGCGGGGGGGGGCCCCGCAGCAACUACGAAUCCUCCAGCCCCCCUUUCUACCCCCACAAGUACGGCUACAAGCUCCAGGUCUCGGCUUUCCUCAACGGCAACGGGAGCGGGGAGAGCAGCCACCUCUCCGUCUACAUCCGCGUGCUGCCGGGCGAGUAUGACAACCUGCUGGAGUGGCCCUUCUCCUACCGCGUCACCUUCUCCUUGCUGGACCAGAGCGACCCCUCCCUCUCCAAGCCCCAGCACAUCACCGAGACCUUCCACCCCGAUCCCAACUGGAAGAACUUCCAGAAGCCGGGGGCUUCGCGCAGCUCCCUGGACGAGAGCACCCUGGGCUUCGGCUACCCCAAGUUCAUCUCCCACGAGGACAUCAAGAAGCGGAACUACGUGCGGGACAACGCCAUCUUCAUCAAAGCCUCAGUGGAGAUCCCCCAGAAGAUCCUGGCCUGA